UCAGGAUAAGAGAGGCCUGGGGGCCCUCCCAGCUGUGGGCUCAGAGGCAGAGCUCUGGGGUGUCUCCACCAUGGCCUGGACCCCUCUCCUGCUCCCCCUCCUCACUCUCUGCACAGGAUCUGUGGCCUCCUCUGCGCUGACUCAGCCACCUGCGGUGUCUGUGGCCCUGGGAGAGACAGUCAGCAUCACCUGCCAGGGUGGAGACUUAGGAAGCUAUGGUGCUAACUGGUACCAGCAGAGGCCCAGCCUGCGCCCUGCACUGCUCAUCUAUUAUGAUAACAGUCGGGCCUCAGGGGUCCCUGAGCGAUUCUCCGGCUCCCGCUCUGGUGGAACGGCCACCCUGACCAUCACUGGGGCCCAGGCUGAGGACGAGGCUGACUAUUACUGUCAGUCAUGGGACAGCAGUGGUGAAGUUGACACAGUGACACGGGCAGAUGGGGAAGUGAGACACAAACCCCUUCCCUGUCUGGGUCUCACUAUCACUGGACACUGCUCUGGUGGAACGGCCACCCUGACCAUCUCUGGGGCCCAGGCUGAGGACGAGGCCAACUAUUACUGUCAGUCAGCAUACAGUGCCCUCCAGGUGGGAUCUGCAGAGGGAGUGUGGGGAGUGCACUCGGGGCUGCAGGACCAGACUGCCCUGGGAUUAGGGUCCGUUAUUCGAGAUGCAGAGAAGCAGCUUGAGUUCGAUGAAAGACAUGAGGACACAGCCGUCCUUCACUUAUUGACCCGGGUUUCUGUGGAGGUCACUGGGCCUCUCUUUGGUCCAAAUAUCCAGGACUAA